AUGGACAGCAGCAUAUCCUCUGCUAUUUUUUUUAUCCGCGGAAACACGGCUGGUGAAGAUGUAAAGUUCGUACUUGGAAAUAGCUAUUAUGAGGGCAAGACCGUAAUAGACUGGUCAGAAAGUGUACAAGCCUCCAGGAAUAUCCCCACAAGUGAUGACAGUAUUGAGAAAUAUGAUAAUACAAAGCUGCUAGCCUCUUUAACAGAGAAAGUAACACCAGAGCCAAUUGUGCCACAAGACGUGGUGGAUCUGUUUGAUACACUCCAAGCCAACCCACGAUUCCUGAGCUUGGCAGAAAUUGUACAACGAACUAUGGUAUUGGAUUCCAUGUACAAGCCUUUAGUGUUUGGGCAAAGGAUAGAAAAGAGUUCUUUCCCAGAAAAGAUUCUCGACAUUUUUUUGCGCACAAGUCUGUGGACGUUUAAGUCACGGAUCAACUGUUUUUGGCGUGGCUUGAAUACUUCACGUGGUACUGGAGACUUUCGAAAAGUAACAGCCCAUUGCGCUACGCUAGAUUUCUGA